AUGGUGCAUGUUCUGCAAGCUACAGGGCGGAUGAAGCAGCCAGAAGUCGCCCAUGUGGGCACGGCAAACACGGUUGGUAUCCACGGUGACUUCGGCUGCCCAAAACUGUCCGUCCCGCACCCGUGCCGUCUGUGCCAGCGUGGAACCGCGUCUUCCAAAGAGCAUCCCGACACACAAGGGUCGACACGAGUCCGACAGGGAUUAAAAGCCAGAGGAUCCGUCAUGACGAUAGUGGCACACCUGACCAAAAGUAACGGCGAGCGCUCUCCCAGGAAGGAGAUCAGUAGAAUGCAGGUCGACCUGUCGCUCCACACACACAACGGGCAGCGCUCCCAAAGUCCCGCAUCUCCUACAGUACAUAAGAUCAAGCAGGAGGAGGGAACGGACGAGGACGCCGAGCGGAGGGUCGCUGCUCAGGAUGAGACGGUCCACAGCGGUGAGGAAGGGUCCGGACUGGAGGAGCCCAUGAUCGACAGUCCGAACAAUCAGCAGGAUGUGGGAUCGGCGGCGGAGGGAGCGGCGGACGCUGCGAUGCGGUUACCUAACGGCGAUCGUCCAUUCCAGUGUAACCAGUGCAGCGUCACCUUCACCCAGAAGGGGAACCUGCUGAGACACAUCAAGCUGCACACGGGUGAAAAGCCCUUCAAAUGCCCCUUUUGCAACUACGCCUGCCGCCGGCGCGACGCCCUCUCGGGGCACCUACGUACCCACUCGGUGGGUAAACCACACAAGUGUAACUACUGUGGGCGGAGCUACAAGCAGCGCACCUCAUUGGAGGAGCACAAAGAGAGGUGCCAUAAUUACCUACAGAGCGUCGGCAUGGGCGCCGUCUCCAACGCUGGUCCAUACACAGCAGAGGUUCCUAAAGAGCAGCGCCCCCUGGCGGACAUACCCUGCAUGGUGCCCUUCGAACGGCCGCCCGUCAUCGAGAGACUCCAAGCCAGCGUGGCCAAGAGGAAGAGCACCACUCCUCAAAAGUUUGUGGGAGAGAAGAUGAUGCGCUUCUCCUACCCCGAGCUGAACUACGACGUGAGUCUGAAGUACGAGAAGGAAGCCGAGAUGAUCCAGGCUCACAUGAUCGACCAGGCUCUCAGCAACGCCAUCACCUACAUGGGUGGCGAAUCCCUGCGCCCCAUCGUGACCCACCCGUCCCUCGCCAUGCCCGAAGUGGUGCCCAUGGUCAACCCGCUCUUCCAUUCCGUCUAUCCCCUGGGUCCUCGUCUGAACCGCCCGAGCAGCCGUGAUUCCCUCCACCUGCCCCACCUUCCGCCCCAGCAGGCCGAAUUCUCCGUCCACACCAACGGCGCCGUCUCCCUGGUGCGCCCCAAGAACCCGCACGUGGGGAUGCGGGGCGAGGGCCAGAACGGGCGCGGGAACCGCUCGCCCAGCAACAGCGGCCAGGAAUCGGCCGACUCCACCCGGAGCAGCCCGCGAGACAAACCGCCCCACGGGUCCGGACCCGGCUCCAGGCCGGAGGGGGCGCGUCCGCCCGGCGUCAGGGACGAGAUCCGGGUGUUCGGCCACGAAGGGAACGAGGUGCGGGUGUUCCAGUGCGAGCACUGCCGCGUGAUCUUCCUGGACCACGUGAUGUACACCAUCCACAUGGGUUGCCACGGUUACAGAGACCCGCUGGAGUGCAACAUCUGCGGGCACUGCUGUAAAGACCGCUACGAGUUCUCCUCACACAUCGUCCGCGGGGUGCACACGUUCCGCUGA